GCACGUAUCCUAGAAUGUUUACCAAAGACUUAGUUGCGCAAUCUUUUGUUAAAGGGAUUGUGUCUGUCACCGUUGGACCCAACCAAGUACCAUGGCAAAACACACUGGUUCAGACCGAAGAUGCUACAAAAAUAACUAGAAGAAAGAGCAAGAAUGUUGUCUGCCUGUUGGAAGUCUUUAGGCGGAAACAGACGAAAGGAGCUGCGUCUACUCUCCAAGAAGAGGAAAGGACCAUCCUUGGAGCAUCUUGGAGAUGAGCAGAACGGUUAGAAGGUGCAUGGGAAUCAUGGCCUCCUUGCCUACCCUCAGAGGUGUUAAAGAAGUGGAUCUUGGCCACAUGGUUCCAGAGUGUCGGGCUGGCAUUAAGCCUCCAGGUCCUGACUCUCCAGCAGCAAGAGAAGUAAUUACUUGGAAGACCGGAGCAAGAGGUUGCAGGAUUUCGGUGUUGUCGUUUCGGGAGACUGAAAUUUAUGAAUAGACAUCAGAGCUGAACCAGAAGCAGCAAAGGCAGAGCCACCCCUGUCGGCAAUGCCCCAGGAGCCAACGAAGAUGACCGUGGCCCAGGAAUCACUGACAUUCGAUGACGUGGCUGUGGCGUUCACCCGGGAGGAGUGGCAGCUCCUGGGCCCGGCUCAGAAGGACCUGUACUGGGACGUGAUGUUGGAGAACUAUCGCAACCUGGUGUCUGUGGGGUGUCAAGUUAGCAAACCUGAUGCACUCUCGCGACUAGUACAAGGAGAACAACCCUGGUCUCUGUUCCAUGGAGGCUACAGUGGAAUCUUCUCAGAAAUCCGGAAGGCGGAUGAUCAUCUGCUCAGACGUUCACAAAAUGAGAGCUGGGUCGAUAAAAUGGAACCAUGCUGUGAACAUAACGCACUGGAAAAUAUUGUUCAUCGGCCCCCAAAUAAUUUUCAUUUAGGGGAAAAUCAUGAUAUAUUUUACUUAGGUGAAAAAAAUUUAAAAUCAAAUUUAAGUUUAUCUACAGGCAAUCAGAGACAAAAUGAUAAAAUAACAAAGUCAGCUGAGCUUAAUGGGGAUGAGCGAACCUUUCUCCAUGCUGACCAUGACCAAUUUUGUACUGAAAAGAAAUUUCCCGAGAGUCGAAAAUCUAACAGCACCAAGUCCCAACUCAUGAAGCAUCAGAAAACUCAUCUAACAGAGAAACCACAUGUAUGUCGUGAAUGUGGCAAAGCCUUCAUCAAGAAGUCUUUCCUCACUAAUCACCAGAUUAUUCAUACAGGUGAGAAACCACAUAGGUGCAGUCUGUGUGGGAAAGCCUUUCCUAAAAAAUUCAACCUGACUGAACAUUAUCAGACAACUCAUAAAGGACAGAAGCCAUAUAAAUGCCCAGAAUGUGGCAAGUCCUAUCUUUAUGAAUCAGGGCUCAUUAAACAUCAGAAAACACAUAAGGGAGAGAAACCCUAUGUAUGUAGUGAAUGUGGAAAAAGCUUCUUUGAGAAGGCAGAUCUCAUUAUUCAUCAGCGAAUCCAUACUGGAGAGAAACCCUAUGUAUGUAGCGAGUGUGGGAAAGGCUUCAUCCAGAAGGGAAAUCUCAUUAUUCACCAGCGAACUCAUACUGGCGAGAAACCCUAUGUAUGUGGUGAAUGUGGUAAAGGCUUCAGCCAAAAGUCAUGUCUCAUAGGACAUCAGAGAUUUCACACAGGAAAGAGUCCCUUCGUUUGCAGCGAAUGUGGAAAACCUUAUUCCCAGAAGUCAGGUCUCAUUAGUCAUCGGAAGAUUCACACAGGAGUGAAGCCCUUUCAAUGCAAUGACUGUGGGAAAGCCUUUAACACGAAACCAAAGCUUCGUGUGCAUCAAAGAUCUCACACAGGAGAGACGCCCUAUGGCUGCAAGGAAUGCGGGGAAGCAUUUGCUUAUACUUCAUCCUUAUAUUUACAUAAGAGAAAACACACGAGUGACACGCAUGUGGGUUCAAUCAGGGUAGAAGGAUCACUCAGGUUGGAAGACCCUGCCACAGGGAAUCCUGUGUCAUCACAUCGCAGCGACCUCAUGCCUGAGAAAGGCCGAGUUACUACAGUGACUGGGCAAAUGCCUUCUGCGGGAGCUCAGCCGUCAGUCAGCACGAAUGGGCUUCUAUCAAAUAGGAACGUAGUCCUUGUGGGUCCGCCUGUUGCCAGCAGUGAGCCAUCAGGAGGGAACAGAGAAUUUGUACAACAGAGAAUCCUUAUGAAUGCAGUGAAUGUCGUCAUGCCUAUGAAUGCAGUGAAUGUGGCAAGGCCUUCAAUGCUUAAUUAUGUCCUAUUUUAUGCCACACAAAACCCAUAAGGUAAACACAGAUAGAUUGGCUGAAGAAUAAGGGUGAUCAAAAAUGUCUACCUCUUUGUAUGGCCACAAAACGUGUCCUGCGAAACCUCUCCUGACUUCAGAUCCCGGACAAGCAUGAUGGCCUCAUUUUAGAUAGAUGUGUGCAUUGGUAGCAAGAAAAAGAAAAUUCAACUUUAGCCUAAUCUACACACAUAGUUUAUUAUGCUAAUUGAAUGAGGCAAAGUCCGUGUCUGCAGACCAAGGAAGUGGCGUGGAGCUAUAAAACGGAAAAGGUGGUCCGUAUCCAGAAGGUUGCUUGUUGCCGUUGACUCCAUUCUGAACACGUGCGGAUCCCAAGUGUUUUAAACGGGAAACAAAACAAACAGGAUGUAGUUGGUAGAUGAAGGGCAACGUUAGACCGGUGGGGCUUGGGGGCACAGGCAUACCGGUUUGUCCCGAUGAGUGUGAAGGGUCAAUUGAAAGCCAGAAUCACCCACCCUCAAACUCAGGCGUAUAUAUGUGGUGCUUGCAAACCAGUAGACCUCUCAGUCCACUCGCAAAUGUCAGGAAUGUUUGUCACACACUUCCUUUGCCCCCGGCCUUUGGUUCUGUUGCUGAGGGGCACUGGUGAACAAAACAGAAAGGUCUGUGCCCUCUCUAGUUGGUUCACAUUGAAUAGAGGCCUGACCCCCCAGCUAGUCAAAGGCUGAUGCAUUAUCUGCGUUAGAUGAAAGAGAAGUGGAGUAAUUGGAACAUAGAGUUUAGUUAGGAGUUUUGUGCGCUAGAAAAUCCUAAAAACUUCUUAUGACAAUUACCUGUCAAAGCUAGUUGCCAGUGAGAUGAUCCCCACUCGUGGUGAUGUGAAGAUUCUAAGAACUCUGUUCCCUACAGAUCCCCCGGCUGGUGUUUCAGAGUUCUGUGACCAGGACUGACUUUUAGUCCUGUCUAGGUAGCCUCAGACUUCCAAUCAUUUAGGUCAGCAGCCGAAUGCAUUCAUCGUUGGCGCUACCCAAGGAGUCUUAGGAUAAGGAUUCCUCUUAAUGGUACUUAGCCAUCUUGGGUAAGGAUUCCUUUUAAUGGUAGUUCUCGUAGGAAACAAGGCAUUUAUUUUAAUGCCUGUCUUAUUUCAGCGAGAUUAUAAAUUCCUUGACUUUUUAAAAUGACCUUUAGUGAAACAAGUUCCUUUAACUGGAUUUCAGCCUUGGUUAAGAAGAUAUUACCUUUAUCCAGGUUUUUUUUUGAAGAAGCAUGGUUGGGCAGUGGGUCUGCUAGGUUGUUUCCCACCUGAUGGGGGUGUCUUACUUUUGCCAGGGGAGUCCCUCUGUCACUUGACAUGUCCAAGGUGAGCUGGGCACAGUUUGAUGGCGUGCUACUUUGUCCUGUGUAUCCGAAGUGACAUGAGUAAUUGAGGAUUGUUAAGCUCUGGUCUGUUGAAGGAGAGUCUACCUUGCAACUGAUGAGAAUCAAGAUACAGAAAUGAUUGAGUAAGAGGUUUGGGGCCUGCCUUCUGGAUGACAGAACGGGUGCUAUCUAAAAGCUAGAAGGAAAAAAAAGAUGAGCCACGUCGGAGCCGAGUGAUCACAAAGCUGCGGCACUGGCUGUGAGCUUGGGGGGGACAGCAGAGGAGCAGCUCAUGGCAGAAAUGGCCAACAUGGGAGGCAGGCAGCAGAGAAGGCCGACAGAGCAGAGAGCCAAGCAUGCUGCUCCAUUGACUGUGAUAGGAACUGGGCCAGUUUAAACAGCAGAGAGGCAUCAUGGCUGAGAAGCUCUAUAUAGAGCUGAGCUAAGUGGUCCACUACCUGUCAGCGACAUCAGUUAGCAAUGGAGAGGCUGACCAAGGAUAUACCAGUGGCAGUUUGGUCAUUUAGCUGUGGAUAGGCUGAUGGUGGAGAGCCAGUGAGGAAACACCCAGACAGCUCCGAGGCCACUGCGGCAGAGAGGUCUGACAGCAAGAAACUGCCCUAGGUCUUUAUGUAGAACAGCAUCCGAACCAAACCGGCCACCAUUGAGUCAAUAUUGACUCCUAGCGACCCCCUGUGGGGUUCUGCAACUAACUUUAAGGGAGUAGAAAGCUCAGUCUUUCUCCCUGCGACCGUCUCCCAGGUCCCCAGAUCAGAAGUUCCUUCCUCAGGGAACCCUGGGUUAUACUUUUUCACUACUUGUAAAAAUCCUUGCAUCUUUUUGCUUGUUACUACUACAAUCAUUUUUCAGUAGGCAGGUGAGAGUAAUACAGUAAGUUUUAGGAUUACUUUCACCUUGCCCCAUUAUUCUAUUUAAAUAUUUAAUAAUCCCUCAACUGGACUUUCACAUUAAAGUAAUUUCCCUGGAAAAAAAAUAAUUUCCCCGAUUCACGCUACUAUCUGGUGAGGUUACACAACCAUUCGUAUAGGGAUUAUUCCCCCUAUAGGAGGCCUUCUUGGUCCCUGGUAUGGGGCACCAUAUGUGGGCUACAUCCAGAUGGGUCCUUAGGGAUGGCUGUGUAAUUGAAGGGAAUAAAGAAACAAAAGUUUUGGGGUGCUCACCUCCAUGCCAGGUCUGAGCAGUGGGGAGAGCACAUGAAUGUAUUGUUUAACAAGUUUAUGUAGUCUCAGGGCAUCUAAGCCCCCCCAACUACACACACCUAUCUCUGUUACAAGGUGGGCAAUAGCUUAACCCUAGAAGUCCCUGAGCUCAUUGAGGGACUAACCUAACUAGUGCUGGGAGCAGGGAAGGAAAGUCACUGUCCCCUGAGCAGGGGAACAAUAGCAAUGUGUCUGUUUCUAAAGAUCAAGCUGCCGGCCAGAUAGCAAUCAGCCAUGUGCUUGUAAGCGGUAGCAUUAAGGUAGUACUAUUAUAGGAGGAUAUUGUGGGGAUGUGUUUUUUUUUUUAAUUUUGUUUUGGGGGCUCAUACAACUCUAUAACA